GGACGCGAAUAUCUUCGCAGACUUCGUUUCUAGUGCUCAAAUAAGAAUGGACUGAAUACUGCUCAUUAUUAUCUCAAUUCUUGAGGCACGUUUUUUUUCUUGUGAGAUCGUAUUUUUACGCGAAAACGCAUCAAAUGAGUAUAUUUUUAUCAAAAUUUGAGUUGGAAGGGAUAUUUCCUCAAUUAACAUUUACCUCCAUUGGCUUAAAUUUUGGUUCCACGCCGUAUUAAGUUAGUACGAUUUCUUGUUGAAAUUCACUUGAAUUUUAUAAUAUGCAGGAACAGAAUAUCCCGAUCGACAUUAACGCUGGAAAGUUACUUGAUUGGCUGAUUAAUCGGAGGCACUGCAAGAAGGAUUGGCACAUGAAUAUUUUGCCCAUUAGACAGAAAAUUAAUAAUGCGAUACAGAAUAUGCCUGCUCAUGAUGGCAUUGCCUCAUUGUUGUCUGGUGCCUAUAUAAAUUAUUUUUACUGUGUGAAAAUUGUGAAAAUUUUGAAGGAAACAGAAGCCGAUACAAAAAAUUUAUUUGGGCGUUAUGGCUCACAAAGGAUGAAAGAUUGGCAGGAAAUUUUGAGAUUGUAUGAAAAAGAAAAUGUAUACCUUGCCGAAGUCGCGCAAAUGCUUAUGAGAAAUGUCAAUUAUGAGGUUCCCAGUAUUAAGAAGCAGAUACAGAAGUUAGAACAAUUGUUAGCUGAAUUGGAAAAGAAAGAAGCAGAAUAUAAGAAAUCGGAAAAUAUUGCACAUAUGGAAUACAACAUACUAUGCAAACAAUUAGGUGUAACUGGUUAUAAUACGGUUAGACGAGAGUUAAUGGAUAAGGUAAAAGAAUUGCCAGAAAUUUAUCAGAAAGUAGCGGAGAAAACAAAGCGCUUGGACAAGGUUGUAGAGUUUUAUAGUGCAUUUGUUGAAUUCACUUUUGACCAGCAAUAUAACAGUGAUUGUGUAUCGAUGAUUAAAUACAUUAUUGGAAAGGGAAACACAACAAUGUUUGAAUAUACAUAUGGAGAAGUACCAGCGUCAAUAAUUGAGCCGCCAUUGAAUAUUAAAGUGGAUGAAGAUGAAAGUAAUAAGCAGUCUAGCGUGGAUGCUAAUACCAUUGAUUUCGGUAACUUGGAUUUGGAUGGAGAAAUUGAUUUCGGUGAAAAAAUUGAUUUGGACACAGGAGGUGAUAUUGAUUGGGGAGACGACGGUGCAGAACAAUCUAUCAUGGAAAUUGAUCAUAAUAUCUCUUUGGAGGAAUCGGGUAUAGUUGUGGAAACAGUAGAUCAUGAAGGUGGCAUGGCUACAGGGUCUGAAGCAUAUACGAUAUUAGAUAAUCCAACAACGAGAUCCGAAUUUAUCAAUCAACUGUUUGAAGUAAAGGCAUUUAUGAAGUUACGUAUAUACGAAUUUAAAGGCGACGAUAAGAAUAACCUUCUCAGCUUUAAUCAGAUGCAGAAUGCUUCAUCUAUUCUGCAACUUUCUACCACAGAGACCACUCAAAACAUGCUGUAUAACAUUCAAGUUAUCCUGUCUGAGAUGUUGCAUAACAAUGUUCAGCAUUUACAUAACAUUAAACAUUAUCCAAAAUACGUGGACAUAGUAGCUGUUAUUUUAAAGCAAAAAUUAAACUUGAUUGAUAGAAUGGUAACUCAACAAGAAACUGUGCUACAAAAGCAAGAUGACACUCGGAAUCAAAUUGAUAAAUUACGUCCAUUAUUAAAACUCAUUAUACAAAGAACUAAGGAAUUGCAAACAGAGAUAGAGCGAGAUAUUUCUAAGAAAUACAAAAAUCGGACGGUACAUUUAACCGGAGGUGUAAAUAUGUUGUAGGUAUCAAACAAAGGAGAAAAAAAAUUGUUAAAUUAUAUAUCAAAUGUUAAUAAUACACAAAGAUAGUACGACUU